CGCCCACCACUGAUUUUUAGUCGCAGAUGUUGGAAAAGGAAGGACAACACUGAACACAAAGAUGGAAGCGCAAUACAUGGACAAAAUUCGUCAAUGAUUUUGCUAGGAUAGACGGAGUCAAGAUUUCCCCGUAUAUUAGUUUAGAUUUCAAAGAUUUCAACACAAACAAUGGACCACCCUCACUUGUCACCGCUGUACAUAGUUCGGCAGCGGUGGCAGCUGAUCAAAGACAAAGAGCGCAACUACGUGGCUGCAUUUUUCCACAUGUGCUCCUGCGCCCUAGUCUGCACGUCCCUGGCUGCCCUGGGUUGGUUCAGGUUGCGCGGAGCCCCCUGCACACCUCACCUCGCCAUCUACCAGUUCUUUUCCUACGGGCACUUUUCCAUGGACAGCAACCCUAGCAUUCCAGAAAUUGUGUCGUCUAAAGCUGUGUCCACUCCACUCAUUUCUCAGUACCACACACAAUCCAGAGUUUUGAGCUGCGUGACUCCCGAGGUGGCCAGUUUGAUGCGAGUGGUCAUUCUGCUGUGCUUUUUGGCCCUGGUCAGUGCCUUGGCUGGAUUCCUUCUUGAUAUUUGGGGCGCCUCGAAGCCCAUUUUGCAAAUCAUACGGAGGGCAUCUCUCCCUAGUAUUCUAACAGUUCUUUGGGUUGCUUCCAUAGUUGGAGCGUGUUACAACCUAACAAUGGUUCUGCAGAAGUCGAUAACUCAUUUAACCCCAGCAUUUUACCUGAAGGUGAAUUUCGAGUAUGGAGUGUACACAAUCAGUGCUGCAGGCGCAUGUGCUUUGGCAGCAACAGCAAGCAAUUUGCUAGGUCUGCAGUCGCCACAAACGCAACCAGAUAGUCAAACUGAGCGGCUAGUUGACGAUUGGGACGGCCUGGAGACCUUUUCGAUAAGUGCAGACUUUGGUGACACUCCUCUCAACGCAAUGUCAUCGCCCCCUCCAUACACCCCUUAAUUAUCACUUUAUCAGGGAUUUCAAAAUAAUUUUGGGUUUCUCGCAAAACCAUCCUUAAUUCUGCACGUCUCAUAAGAUUUUAGAUUGAUCAAGAAAAUAAGAAGUAUUUACAAGAAACGAGACUCUGCAGAGAACAUCUUUAAAAUUGUGGACCCGUGUAAUAUAAUUAUACUAUUGAUAUCAAAACAAUGCGACUGAUAGAUGAUUACUUAUUAUUGCAAUUGUUGAUGAAAACUGCUUGUGAAACUCUGCUUUUUCCUACUAAUGCUUAACAAAGUGUGAUUUAAGUUGAAUUCAAAGUUUGACUUCAAAAGAUCUUUCCUGUGUGUUUUGAGAGUAAGAUUAAUUCUUUUGUUUGAAAAAUGGUUAAGCUGACGAUUCUGUUUCUGUGAUUGUACUGUAAACAUGAUGUACACAAUAUAUGAUAAUAAAUCCAGAAUGAUUAUUAUUAUAUUAAAAA